AGCCAACUGACACCGUAUCUUUUUCCCAUAACUCCACCCCGCCGUCUCGCCACCGGUUCUAAUGUAAGGAAGACAACACAUAGAAAGAUCUUAUGGCUCUGAGCAUCGGCGCUGCUCCUUACACACCAAUGUUCGUCUUACCUACGUUAAAUUUCACCAUAAAUCAAGUUGCAGCCGUUUGCGAGACCCUCGAAGAAAGCGGUGACAUCGAGAGACUAGGAAGAUUCCUCUGGUCCCUUCCUGUAGCUCAUCCUAAUUGCUCCGAACUAAACAAGAACGAGUCGGUACUUAGGGCUCGUUCCCUGGUAGCCUUCCACACCGGAAAUUUCCGUGAACUUUAUCACAUUCUAGAGAAUCAUCGAUUCACCAAAGCAUCCCAUGCCAAGUUACAGGCCAUGUGGUUGGAGGCCCACUAUCAGGAGGCCGAGAAGUUGAGAGGUAGGCCCCUAGGACCGGUAGACAAGUAUCGAGUUAGGAAAAAGUAUCCGUUACCCAGGACGAUUUGGGACGGAGAACAGAAGACUCACUGUUUUAAGGAGAGGACAAGAAGUUUGUUACGCGAAUGGUAUCUUCAGGAUCCAUAUCCAAAUCCUACUAAGAAAAGGGAAUUAGCUCAAGCAACCGGUCUAACCCCGACUCAAGUUGGCAACUGGUUCAAAAAUAGAAGACAGAGAGACAGAGCAGCAGCCGCUAAGAACAGAUUGCUACAACAACAACUACAACAACAACAGAAAUCAAGUACUGGAAAUCAACCGUCAGUAAGCAACAACCAAAAAUCAAACGUCGACGAUAACGAAGCGACAAAUGGAAGUUGCGGUUCUUUUACUUCUAGUAGUCAGGAUCCAGGAAGUCCUGCAGCAGUGUCUACAACAUCAGGAUCGAGUAGAUGCUCUUCACCACAAAAUUCUCACAACGGACAAUAAUUCAUUGGAUGAAUACUGUUAUUUUUGUGAAGACUAUUUAUACAAAAAAAAAGGAAAAAAAAAAUAUUACAUAUAAAUAUAUAUAAAAUGAGCUCAUGUACAGAAUUGUGUUCAGUGUUGCUAACAAAAAAAAAAAGAUAAAAAAAAAUAAUAAUAAUAAUAAGAGUGCAAAUGCAUUUUGGUGCAAACAAAAACAAAUAUAUAUAUAUAUUAUACAUACAUAUAUAUAUAUUGUUGUACAGUAUUGUUAGUGUCUUUGUUAAUUUGCGUUUUUUAUUGGUUAUACAUGUUAUAAAAAAAAGUAUAUAUAUAUAAAAAAAUCCGAAUUUUAUGUAAUUUCCAAAAUUGCAACUAUAUAAAAAAUAACGCAGCAAAAAUAUAUUAAAAAUAAAAAAAAUCUUUGGCUUCUUUUCUGGUUGUUACGGGUUUGUAUAGGAUAAUUGGUGAUAUAAUUGUACAUAUUGUGCUAUUGUUUAAAAAAAAUAGCCUAUCAGAUCAUUAAACUUACAUUUAAAA